ACGUCACUAGUGACGUCACAUGUAAAUAUCAAUAGUUUCUCGUCCGAAGGAAGUUUGCGUUCUUGGAAUAUUUCCUUGUGCAUUUGCAUUCUAGAACACCUUAACAAUAUUCUAAAACGGUAAUUUGCCAAUCAGUUAAUGAGUUAUGACGGAACUAUUUCCCGAAUCUCCACCGCAAGUGAUUGAUGGCGUUACUUUGAAAUUUCCUGCAAAAUUAUGGAGGAUUGUAAACAGCUGCAGAUCGGGAGCUAUCUCGUGGGAUUUAGACGGAGAUUCAAUUAUUGUGGAAAGAAAGAAAUUCGAGGAUCAAUAUUUGAAAACUGGAGCUUUAUUCAAGACGUCAAAUUUUCAAAGUUUCAUUCGACAGCUAAAUAUCUACGGAUUUCGUAAGAUUCCAACCAAUGGCCCGAAAAAUCAACAAGAUGGUGCUACUUUUAUUUACAAACAUGACUUUUUCAGACGUGAUCACCCCGAUUUUCUAUCAGAAGUUGUUAGGAACACGGCAGUUCGGAAAACACAGAGGGAAAAUGCUAUAAAAGAAGUGGAAGCAAAACAUGGUAAACUGGAGGAUCUACAAAUCGAGAAUCAUAUCUUAAACAAGCAAGCCCAAAAGGAAGUUGAUGAGUCACACCCCUUACUUAAAUUUCCAGCACAGCCUGUGAUCAAGUAUGGCGUUCCAAUAGAGCCAUUGCAGAAGACAAAAUCGAAAAUCACAACGGUGUACCUCAAUCCUCGGGUAUCAAUGUGUGACAUGCAGCGGAUGAGUCCAACAAAGCUUCACCACCAGGUGGCGGACAUUCUAACAGCUAUGACGGAUGAAGACGACACCCCGCCUUUUAAACGGCCAAGAAAAACUCAUUCAAUCACGAUAUGCCGACCUUUCAAAGAUAAAAUUACCAUCAAUAAUGCCGGUGACAACAACGGUCAGACAAACGCUUCACAACCUUUUCCGCUGAAAGUCCACACGUCAUUGUCUAACCAGAUUUUAUUUGUCCCGAACCCUUGCAACAAGACUGUGACAAACAAGAAAAUUGAGAAGCAAAAUGAACAUUUCAAGUGUCUUGAAACAUUCGACCAAUUAUCUCAAGAAAUUUGCGACUCACAAAGUUCCCUGAUGUUUGCAUGUCCUGUGGAUAAAGAUGACGACGACGAUGAACUUAAUUCUGUAUUCAGUAAAACUUUACUUUCUUCCGGUGAAACGGAAGAAAUUGACUAUGGCGAGAGAGAUAUAAAUUUUGGAGACGACGAUAUCGAUGUGUUUGAUACAGAAACAUUUGACUUGGACUCAACUUUGAAUAGUUUAGGCGAGGAACAUGGGUUUCUGACACCAGCUUACUAUGACCCUGAUACAAAAACUGUUACUCUUCUCUUACCGUCACUAAAUCCGGAAAUUUAAAUCUGAUACUUAAUGUUCUUUGACUGUAAUUUGGAGAGAGGCCUAUUAGAGGCAUAUUUACGCUUUAUAUGUGAUAUAUGUGAUAACGACAAAUGUAAUUUUUUAAGAUAAUGCUUAUGUAUUCAUGUUAAUUCUCUCCUCUAAUUGUUUUUACUUUUUCUUCCACAUAUAUUUUUCUAAUUUUAAGAGACAAAAUAUUCUCUAUUUUUCUGAUAGUGACAGAUUAAAGUUGAAAUCGUUAGCGUCUAUUUUAUUUUUAGAAUUCUGAGCCAGAAUAUAUAAACAAAUUUCAAUAAUUAUUUUUAUUUACUAUAUUAUUUUAGUAUUUUGAUAAAAACAGAUGGCUGCAUAUUUCAAUAAGAAAUCUUAAGUUGUCUGUGGGAAUUAAUCACCAAAUCUUUUCAAUCAAAACUCAUAUAUUAUAAUAUGAUGUUUUAACUGCUGAUCUGAUUAAUCAAUUUUUAUAACAAUUGAAUGUUUUGCCAGGGUGCAAAUUUCUGUAUUUCUUUUUCACGUUUUUAGCUGAUGAGUUAAAAAAUUGCUUCAGAUAAAGCACUUUUUUCAAACUUUAUCAAAAAAGUAUUGUAAUGACUAAAGUAUUUUCUUCACUUUGAGGCUAAGGUCAUAUAGUCAAUUAUCAUGAAGGUAAAAAAACUAUGAAACAAAGCCUUUGUGCAAUCUAAAGUUGAUUUUGGAUCAUAAGUGAUAAAUAAUAUGCAAUAUUUGUGUGUGUGAGCAAUGACAUUGUUAAACUGUUGUGAUAUGAUUCAUACUGAACCUGUACUUUUGUUGUAAUGUUUAUAUAAUCAUUAAACAAUAUUUUGAAAACCG